UGAAGCACCCACUUCAUCAGCUGCAGUUAGUCUGGCAAGGCAUGUUUCAGAAUGUCCCACUAUGUUCCCAGAGAUACUCAAGACCCUCUUUGAGAUAGUUUUGUUUGAGGAUCUUGGCAAUCAGUGGAGACUUAGCAGACCAAUGAUAACCUUGAUACUUGUAAAUGAGCAGAUACUAACAGAUCUGAAAGCUCAUAUUUUGUCUUCACAGCCAAUAGAUCAGCAUCAGCGCCUUUCCCUGUGCUUUGACAAAUUAAUGGUUGAUGUUAAUCGAAGCUUGGAUUCAAACAAUCGAAACAAGUUUACCCAGAAUUUGACAUUAUUUAGGAAUGAUUUUCCUAUGAAAUAG